AUGAAUUUAUCUCCCGUUUCCAGUGCAAAGUGCGGUAGUUCCGAUUUUAGUAUAGAAAGGAUUUUAAGUGAGGAUUCAAAUAGUGGGAGCAGCGAUCAAGCUCCAAGUUGGUUAUGUUGCACUCGGUACCAGCCCCCGAGACUGCCACGUGUUUCCACCGCGUGCCGCGCGCGUCGCUCUGGCAGGCACGCGAGGGUGCCGUUCACGGGUGCUCAGGCAGCGGCGCUGGAGGCGGCGUACGCGCGUGCUCCGUACCUAGCGCCGCCCGCGCUGCGUGCCCUAGCAGCCGCACUACAGCUGCGAGAUGAUCGGAUAAAGAUAUGGUUCCAAAACAGAAGAGCUCGUGAAAGAAGGGAGAAAUCCGGAUCUAUAACGCCCCCUCGGGCAGUGACUUUGCCAUCAACCGCAUCACCCCAGAGUACUUCAAAUAACGUAUGGAUUCCGCUAAAAAGUCCAUCUUUGCAACCUUCAUUCAAUGUUGGACAACAUGGAAGCAAUAACUUCGUAGAAGAAAUUACUCAUAGUUCCUUUAACAUCAGAAGUGGGAUCGAGAACUUUGUAGAAAGUAGAAGCACAAUCGAAUCUAAUAGGUAUAUGAGCCAGACUUAUAGCAGUACUUCAGAUGACUCAAAUGGAAGUACGUGUGAUUCUCCAUUAGACGUGGAGACUGUUGAUUGA